AUGGUCGUCGUUGUCUUCUUCAUCGUCGUGGCUAAGGAGAAGCAGCAGCCAAUCAGCGAGCAAGCAGCAGCAGCAGCGGUGUUCGUCGUCAUCAACGACAGGAGGGGUGCAACAACAUUGGGAGACAGACCCUUUUGCAAUACCAAGUGGGCUAUGAGAACUAUUAAUGGGUCCAAGUCUCAAGCAAACAAGAUAAAAAUACUUAAAGAUGUCAGUGGCAUCAUUAGGCCUUCCAGGCUAACUCUAUUGCUUGGCCCUCCAGGCUGUGGGAAAACCACUUUGUUACAGGCACUUUCCGGAAAGCUUGAUCCAUCUCUCAAGCAAAGUGAUGAGAUACAAGAUAUGCCUGGAAAGAGAAGGUCAACGCGUGAGAAGAAGCCUCCAGCUUGGAUCAAGAGGUGUUGUUCCCUCAUUAUGAAAGAAAUCAGUAGAAGAGAGAAGGAAGCUGGUAUUAUCCCAAAACCAGAUAUAGAUACCUUUAUGAAGGCUAUAUCAGUUGAAGGAUUAAAAAAAACUCUACAGACAGAAUAUAUAUUGAAGAUCCUCGGGCUGGAAGUUUGUGCUGACACAAUUGUGGGGAAUGCAAUGAAAAGAGGAAUUUCAGGUGGUCAAAAGAAAAGAUUGACAACAGGGGAAAUGAUAAUUGGUCCAUCAAGAGCUCUCUUUUUGGAUGAAAUAUUAAAUGGCUUAGGUAGAUCCACCACUUUUCAGAUUGUUGCCUGCCUGAAGCACUUGGCAUACAUAACUGCUUCAACCGUUUUGAUAUCACUUCUGCAACCAGCACCUGAGACUUUUGAUCUCUUUGAUGACAUUAUCUUAAUGGCAGAAGGAAAGAUUGUGUACCAUGGACCUCGUAGUAAUGUUCUAGAGUUUUUUGAGCAUUGUGGUUUGAGGUGCCCACCUCGAAAAGGCGUUGCUGACUUCCUCCAAGAAGUGGUUUUUGAAAAGGAUCAAGCACAAUACUGGUGUCACAAGCAUGUUCCUCAUUCUUAUGUUUCUCUAGAAAAAUUUAAGAAUAUAUUCAAUGAAUUUCAUGUGGGACAGAAACUAAAUGAUGAAUUGUCAAGGCCUCUCGAUAAGCAUAAGUGCUACAAAAACAUUUUGUCACUUAAUAACUACUGGCUGAGAAAAUGGGAAUUAUUCAAAGCAUGCCUAGCUAGAGAAUGGCUUCUGAUGAAGCGUAACUCCUUCAUUUAUUUGUUUAAAACUGGACAGCUUGUGUUCAUUGCACUGAUAACAGUGACAGUGUUCUUACGAACUCAGAUGAAAAUUGACUUUUCCCACGCGGAUUACUACAUGACUUCCUUAUUUUAUGCUCUGAUGCUUUUGUAUGGACAGCUAUUACCUAUUAUGCCAUUGGUUACUGUCCUAAACCAGAGAGCACCAGGGAGAUCCCGGGCUAUCAUUUCUCAUGAUAAGCUAUGUUGCUUAAAGGGAACGGAUAAUUUGAGCAAUACAACUAAGGGAAACGAAUUUCCUUCUGUCAUUACUAUUGAAGGUGCUGUAAAAACAAGUACUACAGCUUUGAUGGGUGUUAUCGGAGCCGGGAAAACGGCACUGAUGGAUGUCCUUUCUGGAAAAAAGACUGGUGGUAUUAUAGAAGGGGAGAUAAGAGUUUGUGGGUAUCCUAAGGUCCAAGAUACACAUGCCAGAAUAUCAGGUUACUGUGAGCGGACUGAUAUACAUUCUCCCCAGAUUACUAUUGAAGAAUCAGAAUUUGUAGCAGAAGUUCUUCAACUGAUUGAACUUGAUGAAAUCAAAGAUUCUUUAGUUGGAAUCCCUGGUACUAGUGGUAUAUCAAAUGAGCAGCGGAAACGGCUUACUAUAGCAGUAGAGCUUGUUUCUAAUCCAUCCAUAAUAUUCAUGGAUGAGCCCACCUCAGGUCUAGAUGCCAGAGCAGCUGCAGUCGUCGUCAUGCGAGUUGUAAAAAAUAUUGUCCAUACAAAGAGGACGGUUGUAUGUACCAUUCACCAGCCAAGCAUAGACAUAUUUAAGGCAUUUGAUGAGUUGAUUUUGAUGAAAAGAGGAGGAGAAAUAAUAUACUCCGGAGAGCUGUGUCUGCAUUCAAGCAAGCUUAGUGAAUAUUUUGAAGUAAGCUUAAAAGCGAGAGCAAUAUUUGAAUUUCCAUCAGAUUCUCUUUCUCUGUUUAACCAGUUUGCUAUGCUAGCAAUUUCUUUAUUUAGGCAUUUCUGGGUGCCAAAAAUCAAACAUAACUACAACCCAGCAACAUGGAUGUUAGAGGUCACUAGUCCUGCUGCAGAAGCUCAACUGGGUUUGGAUUUUGCCCUUCUCUAUAAAGAGUCUCACUUAUUCCGGAAAAACAUGGAACUAGUCAGAAAAUUGAUCCAGCCAGCACAAGGUUCAAAGGAACUACAUUUUUCUACACGCUUUCCACAAAAUGAAUGGGAGCAAUUUAAGGCAUGCCUCUGGAAACAUCACCUCACAUACUGGAGAAGUCCCAAUUAUACCUUGGCACGACUGGCGCUUGUUACCAUAUCAUCUUUUUUGCUUGGAGCAGUUCUAUGGCAGAAAGGGCAGAAGAUGUAA